CAUCACCGUACGUACUCAAUCCCCAAAGUAUAUCAUAUCAUAUUCAUGUCCUUUGCACAACAUUAUUAUUAGAAUAUGCCACGAUGUCACACGUGUUUAACAACACACCUACGUGUAUGACGUGAAAUCUCGCCACGUGUUUCAAUUUCAAUGGCAUUUUCACUAAGGACCAAAACCUUUACGUUUAUAGAAGGAGAGGCUCCAACUCAGUGGUGGAAUGAUAUUGAUGAUUCAGAUCAAUGGCAGAGAGGCAUUUACUAUACCCUAUGCGCCGCUUAUGCAACGGUUUCUUUUAUUGCCCUUAUACAAUUGGUGCGGAUUCAAAUGAGGGUACCUGAAUAUGGGUGGACAACACAAAAGGUUUUUCACUUGAUGAAUUUUCUUGUCAAUGGAGUGAGGGCUGUUCUUUUUGGUUUGUACAAAAGUGUUUUCGCAAUUAGACCAAAGGUAUUUGAGCAGGUGCUAAUGGAAGUUCCCGGUCUUCUAUUUUUCUCUACUUAUACAUUGCUUGUCUUAUUUUGGGCCGAGAUAUAUCACCAGGCUAGAAGUGAACCUGCACAGAAACUCAGGCCUGCUUAUUUUUCAAUAAAUGGAGUUGUUUACCUCAUACAGAUUUGCAUCUGGAUUUACAUGACUGCAAGCAAAACUGUCGCUGGCAUUGAAGCUGCUAAACUCUUCCUUGCAGUUAUAUCAUUUUGUGCUGCUCUUGGAUUUUUGUUGUAUGGUGGAAGGUUGUUUUUCCUUUUGAGGCGCUUCCCCAUCGAGUCUAGAGGUCGUCAAAAGAAGCUUUAUGAGGUUGGGUCAGUUACAAGUAUUUGCUGCACAUGUUUCUUGAUAAGAUGUGUUUUGCUUGCUAUUUCUGCAUUUGAUCAGGAAGCAGAUCUUGAUGUUUUGUCCCAUCCCAUGCUUAACUUAGUGUAUUAUUUGUUGGUGGAGAUUGUUCCGUCAGCGUUGGUGUUGUUCAUUCUGCGAAAGCUUCCGCCAAAGCGAGUUUCAGAUCAGUAUCACCCCAUUAGAUAGUUUGUGUAUUCCAAAUUCUCUCGGCGAUUUUCAACAAUCUGUUCCACAAUCGUUUCAUUACUGUAUUGUAUAUUCGUAAUUUUAUUUUAUUGAUUUGUUUACUAGUCCUACAUGUCUUUUAAGAUGUUAUUUUGCACAAAUUGAGAGAUGGUUUUGUUAUUGUCUAAAAAAGAAAUGAUUUUUUAUUAA